AUGACAGACCCAACUCUGCCAGUAAAUCAGGACCUUGAUGAGGAGGCUUAUGACUCUGCCGAGGAUGAAGAUUUUGAGUUAGACGCAGCACCGGACGACUCCGAUCUAUCUUCCGAUGCCGAUGAGACCGCAGAACCCGCAAAGAAGAAGCGAAAGACAGACACGAAAGCUCAGAUCCCCGAAGAUGCAGAACUCGACUCUGGAGAUGAGGCCACAAUUAGAAAAGCAAGAGAGAAGAAAGAGAGAAAAACCAAGGGAAAGAAGCUUAAGGGCAAACGCGCGCGCGAUAGCGACGAGGACGAUGUCGACCUUGACAUGGACGACGAUGAGGGAGGAACGGGGGGAUUCGUGCGAACGCGCGCAAUGAAACAACAGAUACAAGAAGAACAGCGUAAACCGUUGGCCAGGAUCGAUGGCGCAACCGUGGACGUGGACGCCCUAUGGGAACAGAUGAAUGCACCUCAAGGCCAGGUCAGCCUGCAGCCAACCCUAACCCAGCCGGUAACGCAAUCCGUUCCCAAGCCCGAACCAACAGGCGAAACGAAAGCACAGGACCACGGUGCCCGAGGUGCGGAACAUAAAAUAGACCCUUCCCUGCAUGCCGACCAGAUGAUCAAGAUCAAGCGCACCUACAAGUUUGCCGGGGAAUGGAUCACGGAGGAGAAGGUCGUACCCAAACACUCGGCGGAGGCUAAAGCCUUCCUAUCGAGUGGAGAGAAUGCCGAAUAUACGGAUGAGGAUGCAGCAGCCAUAAAUGCCACUCGUAAUCUUCGCCGACCGCUUCGAAAGAUCUCACGAUUCGACCCCAAUCCGACCGGUGCGAUUAAGAAAAGCUGGGAGAAACAAGUCGUUGCGGAUGCGCGCGGACCCAAAAUCAACACCGUGGAGAAGUCAAGACUCGACUGGGCUACGUACGUCGACUCUGCCGGUAUCAAAGACGAGCUUCGCACACAUAGCAAAGCCAAGGAGGGUUAUAUCGGUCGUAUGGAUUUCUUGGGUCGUAUGGAAGAGAAGAGAGAAGACGAACGGCGAGCUGCACGGCUCAAGGGCAUAUGA